GUGAUACAAUUCCUUCGUCCGCUUCUCGUGCGCCCACCGUGCUCCUAGAGCAUGCAUUGAGUAUCCGUCAUGCGGCGAGUAGUUGCGAGCCCGCUGCGAAGCCAAGAUAUAAUUAACACAACCCAUAGGUUUGCUUUGCACUCUUGGACCAGCACAAAAGCCUACAGAAUUCGCGAACCAACUGCCAUUUCCUCUGCAUUUGCGUCCGUGACAAGCCUUGCGCUUCAUAAACCCAGCAAGCCGUUGCAUCGCAUCCAACUGACAAUAUCAAGCAUGUCAACGACAGCUGCAUUAUCCGCGGGGGCGAAUGACUCCAUUACCCAUGUACUAGCUGUUUGCCGGACGCCAGAGGACGCUGAGCGCGUUGCCGCUGUGGCAAAAGAGAUCGCCGCUGCCGCCGCUGAGGUUGCUGCUACUGCCACCGGGGGGCCUGCAACAGCAACAGCCGCACCCCGGCUGCUACUGCAUCUAGACGCCUCCACGCUGCCAGCCCAUGCGGUCCCACAGCUAGAUGCAGCCGCUUGCUGCCGCUAUCUGGCAGGCAAAGGAUCACUCAGCAGAGGUAGCAACAACAGCGACAGUCAUGCACAAGGUGGUAUCGGUGACACCACCGAUUGUACGACAGGCGGUGGCAGUAGCAACGAUGGUGCUGGCUGCACGAAGUUGAUGGGUCGGGUGUUGCUGGCAGCGCCGCUGCUAGGGUCCACACAGGACCUGCUGCGGACCCAUGGGUCGGCGCUGGGGGACGGUGUGGUGGCUGUGGCGGACCGCCAGACCAGUGGGAAAGGCCGCGGCGGCAACGUGUGGACCUCGCCCCCCGGCUGCCUCAUGUUCUCGGCGCUGCGGCGGCUGCGGGUGCCCUCGCCCGCCUCCGCGCCCUUCAUCAACUACCUGGUCUGCAUCGCAGUCACGAGGGGCGUGCGGCGGGCGCUGCAGGGGUGUGGGCUGCCUGCCGUGCCGCUGCGCAUCAAGUGGCCCAACGACAUCUACGCGGAGGGGGUCAAGGUCGGCGGGGCGCUCAUACAUACCACGUGGCAGGGGGCGGGCUUCAAUGUGAUCACGGGUAUCGGCCUCAACGUCAACAACCGCUCCCCCACCACCUGCCUGGACGAGCUGGUGGAGAGGGUCUUGUGGGGGGCGGCGGCGAAGCAGGAGCAGGAGCAGCAGCAGCCCCAGGGACAGCCAGUCGUACGGGUGCACCGUGAGGCCGUACUGGCGGGCAUCCUGGGGGCGCUGGAGGAGGUGUACGACACAUUCGAGCAGUCCGGGUUCUCCCCCCUGGAGUCCGAGUACCUGGCUGCGUGGCUGCACAGCGGACAGGUCCUGGAUUUCGACGACUCGGAACCCACAAUGGCAACCAGCACGGCAGCAGCAGCAGCAGCAGCCACGGCGCCUGCUAAUGGCGGCAGCGGCAGCAGGGCGACAACCCGCCUUACCAUCCGCGGCUUGUCGUCUUCCGGUUUCCUGCUGGCGGAGGACUACGCGGGGGUGCGCUACGAGCUCACUCCCGAUGGCAACAGUCUGGACAUGAUGCAGGGCCUGAUACGGCGCAAGGUGGUGUAGGGCGGCUGGGUGCCGGUAUAGUGGUGAGGGGGAUGGCAAGGUGGUGGGCCUUGUUGUGAGGUGCGAUGAGCGGGGCUGGGGCCUUACACGCCGCUAGGUGAUGUUGUGUGCGGGCGGUGAGAUGUCGCAAGAUGAAGGCGGCGUUUCAUACGGUGUGCAGGUGAGCAGCAGGGCCGUAUUACCUUACGGGAUGGCCAGGAGCGCACGGCCUUAUUGAUUUUAGGGCCGGCGUGAGUUGGCGUGGCGUGGGGCGGCAUUAUUCAUUAGGGCCUCUGUGAAGGUGAGUUGCAUGCUGCUGUGACGAAUUGCAUCCCCAGCUGUGGGUGCAUGGUGCUGAGGCUGUUUGGCUGCCAAGUGGAGGUUUUGUUUCAGCUUUGAGCGAACUCCGCCCUGAACUAGGAAGGCGGUGCGCCGGUGUGUUUGGAGUUGUGCGACCAUCACUUCGGUGCUGGAGGGCCAUUUGCAUUUGGAUGCAGUGCCGGUGCCGGUGAGUGGGAAGGUGACUUUAUUUUUGCUGUUGCCGCAGCUAGCAAGGGCACUGUUGAGAUGUGCGGUGUUGUACUUAGGUAGAGUAGCUUGUUGCAACCUUUCCCCAACCAACCUGGACGAGCGGGCAUUUCUUUGGGUAAGACGUAAGAGUAACUGCCA